AGCAAGCGAUACCUACGCAACCUAACCGUGCUGUACCUCUGAACUGUUUGCGGACGGCCAAGAGGUCGCAUGGCUACAAGGGGAAGCCAGGCAAGGAACACUGCUCCCAAGGAAGUCUACGAGGGGCGCGUUCACAAGUGGGAGAAGCGCAUUGUACAACACAAGAAGGGCGUUGUAAGAAGCGAGGUCCAGCUUGAAGUGCUCCGGUGGAUUGCUACUGAUGAGCUUUGCCCGGAGCUGACUGGCCCUCGACAUCCUCACAUAAAACCGCUAAAAAAGCCCAUCAUCAGGCAGCCAAAGCCACCGUCCGAGCCCACAGGCGAGCAGGCGCCUGCCGACCAGGCGGCCGCGCAGCAGCCCCAGGAGACCCCUAAAGCUCCUCCCGAGGGGACAGCGGGGGAACAAGCGCAGCCUCCACCACCACCGCAGCAGCAGCAGCCGGAAACGCAGAGAGUGCCCGCCUCCUCGGCUGGUG